AUGAACACCACAAGAAUAACCAACAGAAUCAACAAAGCUGGACUCAUAGGGGCCAACAGAGACAGAAUCAACCACCAGGGAGACAAUGGGGCGGAGGGCACUGUGGUAGCCGCCGCCACUGCGCCUGACCCGCUCGGCCUCCCGCGACUGGCUGCCGCUGGAACCACCCUAAGAACAGGAUAUGUAUUCCUCGGAGAAAGCCUGAACACUGAAAUAGUUGCUAAAUAUGACAGAGGACGAGAAGGUGCAGAAAUCGAGCCUUGGGAAGAUGUGGAUUAUCUUGUUUACAAAGUCACUGAUAGAUUUGGCUUUUUACAUGAGGAGGAACUCCCGUAUCAUAAUGUAGCUGUGGACUGGCAAAAGCAACUGGAAACUGAAAGAACCACCAAAUGGCUGAAAAUGCUGAAAGGAUGGGAAAAAUACAAAAAUACUGAGAAGUUUCAUAGACGAAUUUACAAAGGAAUUCCACUCCAGCUACGAGGUGAAGUCUGGGCUCUUCUUCUUGAGAUCCCUAAAAUGAAGGAAGAAACAAGAGACCUUUAUAGUAAAUUAAAACAUAGAGCACGGGGUUAUUCACCUGACAUCAGACAAAUAGACCUUGACGUGAACCGCACAUUUAGGAACCAUAUUAUGUUUAGAGACAGAUACGGUGUUAAGCAAUAAUCCUUAUUCCAUGUUCUUGCUGCAUAUUCUAUCUAUAAUAUGGAAGUUGGAUACUGUCAGGGGAUGAGCCAAAUAACAGCCCUACUCCUCAUGUACAUGAAUGAGGAAGAAGCCUUCUGGGCCCUGGUCAAACUCUUCUCUGGCCCCAGACACGCUAUGCAUGGCUUUUUUGUCCAAAGUUUUCCUAAACUCUUGAGAUUUCAAGAACAUCAUGAAAACAUUCUGAAUAAAUUUAUGUCCAAACUUAAGCAACACUUGGUAGGUAGAUGUGCCGCUGACUAUAGCCACCUACACCGAGAGUGA